AUGACUUCUUUGGUUUUAUCGAAGCUCUAUCGACAUGCUUUGUAUAAUUUUUAUUUCCCUUCGUUGAUUGGCCAAAAAGAAAUUUAUUUUUUAUCCACAUCAAAAAGGAGAUUUUCGAAAGUAUCGGUGAAUAAUGAUAACAUAGAUAACUUAAAUAAUAAUGAAUCAGAGACUAUUUCAAAAGAACAGAUACUUGAUGUCGAAAAGUUGGAUGGUAUUAGCGAUUCUGACUUGCAAUUAUUUAUAAAUAAUCUUCUUCAGCAAGAUGAAAAUCGUUCAAACGAAAAUUCAAAUGAAAAUACAAAAGAAAAUUUAAAAAAUGGUGGAGAAAAAGAUUCCAAAAUAUCGGAAAGGAAGACCGUGAGAACCGUCAAUGAUAAGAUAUUGAAAAAGAAUAUUGUUAGGAUUUUCAAUGACAAAAAAUCGGGAAAGAAUGUUGUUGGAAUUAUCGGUGAUAAGGCAUUGAAAAAAAAUAUUGUUGGAUCAUUCAAUGAUAAAAUAUCGGAAACAAGUGUCGUUAAAACCAUCAGUGAUAAGGCAUCGAAAAAGAAUAUUGUUGGAUCAUUCAAUCAUAAAGUACCGGAAACAAGUAUCAUUAAAGCCAUCAGUGAUAAGGCAUCGAAAAAGAAUAUUACUGAGGCCUCGUGUGAUAAUAUAUCAGAAGAAAUUAGAAAUGAACAUCUCGAUUUAUUUAUUAACAAGCAAACUGAUUCAGUUAAGAAUGAAAUGCAGCAUUUUACUUCGAAACAGAAUAAUGAGAAAGGCAAUUUGAGUAAAUUUUUAAAUAUCGCGAUGAACACAAAAUCGCUCGAAAUUCUACAAAAGAUUUUAAUAAAAGAAAAGCAACAUUUAAAUGCAGAAAUAUGUUCGUUAAGUUUAGAACGUCUUGCAGCCCUCGCUUUUCUGCAAAAUCGUACGUCUGAAUGCAAAAUUUGGUUCGAAAUGAAUCUUAUGGAACAUUUCGAUAAAAUUUAUUCGACUGAAGAUGUAAAUCUGAAAUUCAUAAUAAUUGCUGUUAAUUCACUUGUUAACAUCGGUUUACACGAGACUCAUCUAUGUAAGCAUUUGCUUAAAUUGAUCGACGAGAGAUAUAAUUCUUCAUUUUCGUCAGUUCCAAUCGCUAUUCGUAUAAAAUUUCUCAAAUUAGUGAAGGCGGAUAAAGCAUUUAUUGAUAUAUCUAAGAAUUUGAGUGCUACCAUAGAACGUUCGGUUUUUCUUCAAAUGAAUGAAAUAAAGAAUGCAUCAUCUCUGUUGACUCUUUUAUUGAACGUUCCUCUGACCGAUUUGCAAUUAAAAGGUGUUCUUGAACGUUCGAAACAAUUUUUAUCAAAAAUGUCAUGCGGCGAAUUAAUAUCAAUAUUAAGCAAUUUAUCAGAACGAAAACUGUGGCAUGUCGAUAUUAUUCCACUAAUUGUUGCUGCUUUGCAAUUAAAUACCUCUACAUUAACGGCCAAUCAAAUUUCUAAUUUAUCUCAUGCGGUUGUUGCUUUGAAUUAUUUCGAUAAUCGUUUAUUACAUCGCAUUGCUACGGAUAUAACAAAAAAAAUUUGCAAUGUAACUAGCUGGAGUACUGUUUCAAAUAUUUUAGCAUCUUUUUGCAAAUUUCGUUUCAUUGAUGAAGCUGCUGUAAAUGUGCUCGUUGAUUGGAUUAAUACAAAAUAUGAGCUUGCAACUGAUACUGAACUUUCUUUUGCUUUAACCGCGGCGGUAAACUAUGGCAUUGGUGAUCGCAUAUUGAACGCACUUCAAUUUUCAGCAAAAAUAGCAUCAAUUGAAUCGGCAAAAUCGCCUUCGAUUUGGUUGAAUCGUAUUCAUGCAUUAGCUAUGGGUAAAGCACUCACUUCAAGAUUAGCUGAAACGGUGCUACGUAUGGAUUUUGUCUCACAUUUACUCCAAGAAACUAAUCCGCCAAAAAAGCUGUUAUUGCUAACAAAGUUAGCUCAAAUUCAAUGUAGUGCGCUUUGUGAAUUAAGUGAUUUUCGAGGUCAAACGCUAGAGUUAUUUGAUAUGCUGAAAUUAUAUGGCAAGGAAGUUGCUCUGGAAAUGAAAUAUGGUCGAAAAAAGAUCUAUGAUGCUCAAUGUUUCCAUGAUUUACUGUAUAAAUUAGCUCCAUUAGAUACACAUGCAUUUGCACCAGCAGUAAAUGAAGAUGGAAUUUUUAUCGAUGCAAUCCUCAAAAUGGAUAUGAAUGAACGUUUUGUUCCAAUUAAUAAAUUUUCUGAUAUUCCAGAGCCACCAAUAGCAAUCGUUUAUUUAGCUAACAAACAUUUAAUGUUCGAGAAAUUUGCAAUUCCCAGACCCUUAUUUACGUUUUGUUUGCGGCUUUUAACAGUGAAAGGCUCGAAAGCAGUUAUAUUCACCGAACCAGAAAUAAAAGCGCACACAACUUUCACUGGUAAAUUGAAUUUCAUACGAAAAAAGAUUUCUGUUGUGUCAAAUCAGAAAGAUUAG